AUGGAUUCCAUUCAAGAGGAGAUCAACGAUGCGAUCAGAGAUGGGACACUUGAAGACAUCAAUAGCUUUGCAGAGCUCCAUAAGCGCAGAAUAAACUUCGAGACACAAUGGGACCUGCUACCCGACAUUCUCCAUCGUGGCCGACUCGCUUUCGACACUGCCAUCGACGUAGACUUCCCGGAGUCGAUCAAGGCAGGAGUACCGGUAGUUUCUGUUUUGCAGCGGGUGCUCAAUACUAUCGGAGCACUUUACGACGAAAACACACGUCGCAAUGCAGAGUCGGUCCCAAAACGCGAAAACACUGCCGAGCACGAGCCUCUGGUGAAAGACGCGACACCCUUCGAGCAACCUGAAGACGAAGAUGAGCGGCCACACGAGCAGUCACAUAAGAUGGAAGAAGUCAUAGAAUCGAGAGAGCUAUCAGAUCACGGUGAGCUAGACAGCUCGGAAGAACAAAUCGACGAAUCCGAGUCAGACUACGGAAAGCCCUCCAAAGGAAAAGGCAAGCUCAAGAGAGGCCGAAAGAAGACGAAAGACGUCGAAGCCGCCAGAAUAGCUAUCGCAGUGGAAGCCAGGCAAAAGAGAAUGCGCCUGACCCACGGCACGCCCAAUAGCGACGCGAAGAAUCCUAAGCGCCAUCUCUUCGGUCUCAAUUCUGAGUUGGGAGACACGAGCACUACGCUUUCACCCACACCCUCAUCGCCCACGACCAGGAGCAGGAAACUGCAAAACACUGUAGCUGUAUCAUCACAUACUCGUGCGAGUAGCAGGUUAUCCAUACAAGCCGAAAGUACACCCAGCAAACCAUCUGCCGACCUACCCUCGCCGACGCCCGACAACGAAAAUUUCACCAACCGACCAAGUCUCAUCGUCAAGCUCAAGACCCGUAGACCGUCUGCGCCCAACCCAGCACACAUCUCAACACCCAAUUUCCAUCCCAAGCGCGGACGUCCACGGAACCCGGAGGGCAAAUCGAAGGGGAAACCGAAGGGUAAAUACAAGAGUGCAGAAUUUGUAGAUUCAGAUAACGAAGGCGAGGAGAUGGAGAACAAUGCCCCCACCGACAUCGCGCAAGAGACGAUGCGAAAGACGCGGAAAGCUGCAGCCAAGCCCGCGACCAAGACUACGAGCAAACUAAAGACACUUGUCUUUGGCAGGAAGGAAGAAGUGGCAGUGGAUGAAGACAAGAACGCCGAUGUCGAUAUGGCCGACCCAGAACCCAUCUCAAGGAACGGUACGACGCGCGAGACCCGGCAGACGCGAAGCGGCAUGACCACACGUGGAAAACAACCUACUAACAACUCCAAGGCCAAGCCAGAUGCGAGGAAGCCCAAAACACCAACGCCAUCAGUCAAGAAGAUGCGGGAAAAGGCUCCGGUAGCUCCACAGCCAAAGCGGAAUACUACGACACGGCCGCGAAGAGGUGCCAUGUCCUCACCCUUUGAGUUGUUCGAGCCGCCUGCCCCGGAGACCGCUACACCGGCACAAGACAAUGUCUUCUCGGACACGUGGUCAGACACCGCCGUAUUACCAAACAGCCCUUCGCCUCCGCUCGUCGCUAAUCCAUCUGUUUUACGCCCACAACCUCCAUCAUCUCCAUCAUCUCGCUCAAAAAACGCCACACCAUCCAUUGCCUCUCCAACAACCCCAAGCGCAACCACCCUCACACCCCAAACCUUCGCGCCCUUCCCCCCACUAACCCCCCGCGACCUCCCCCCCUUCACCCGCGGCGCGCGCAUCGCCCUCGAAAACAUCCUGUCGGACCACCAAUCCGAGCCGCUAACCAGCCUCAUCGACCUCAUCGAAGAACUAGACGACACACGGCCGAUUGUAAACGACUGGGAGCAUGUUACGGUGAUGAAGGGUGGGUGUUGGGUGUACCAGGUUAUGAGGGAUGUGUGGGAGGAGGUUGUGGAUGAGAGUGAUGGGGAGGAGAUGGAGGUUGAUGUUAAUGUUGAGGAGGUUGUGGGGAGGGUUGGGGGGUGGGUUGAUAGGGAGGUGGGGAGGUUGGGUGGGGUUGAGGAGGGUGAGUAG